GGUAAAGGCCAUGUCACCUCCUGGAAAAGUUCCCCGGAAGGAAAACCUGGGGCUCCAGUGUGAGUGGGGGUCCUGCUCCUUUGUGUGCUCGGCCAUGGAGGAAUUCUUCGACCAUGUCACUCAGCACCUGCAGCAGCACAUUCAUGGCUCUAAGGAGGAAGAAGAGGAGGAGGACCCACUUGAGGAAGAGUUCUCCUGCUUGUGGCAGGAGUGUGGCUUUUGCUCUCUGGACAGUUCUGCCGACCUCAUCCGCCAUGUCUACUUCCACUGCUACCACACCAAGCUGAAACAGUGGGGACUGCAAGCUUUACAGAGCCAGGCUGACCUCAGCCCCUGCAUCCUGGACUUCCAGAGCCGGAACGUCAUCCCCGACAUCCCUGACCAUUUCCUGUGCCUAUGGGAGCAUUGCGAGAGUGUCUUCGACAAUCCUGAGUGGUUCUAUCGGCACGUGGAUGCGCACAGCCUGUGCUGUGAAUACCAAGCUGUCAGCAAGGACAACCAUGUGGUGCUGUGUGGCUGGAAAGGCUGUACCUGUACAUUCAAGGACCGCUGUAAGCUCCGAGAACACCUCCGCAGCCACACCCAGGAGAAGGUGGUCGCCUGUCCCACCUGUGGGGGCAUGUUUGCCAACAAUACCAAGUUCUUAGAUCACAUCCGUCGCCAGACCUCAUUGGAUCAUGAGGAAACUGAGGCUCAGAGAGCUUAAAUCACUUACCUGAGAUCAUACAGCUAAGCAGCGUUUCCAGUGCUCCCACUGUUCCAAGAGAUUUGCCACAGAGAGGCUCUUGCGUGACCACAUGCGGAACCAUGUGAAUCACUAUAAAUGCCCUUUGUGCGACAUGACCUGCCCACUGCCUUCUUCCCUCCGGAAUCACAUGCGCUUCCGACACAGUGAAGACCGGCCCUUUAAAUGUGACUGCUGUGACUACAGCUGUAAGAAUCUGAUUGAUCUCCGGAAGCACCUGGACACCCACAGCAAGGAGUCCGCCUACAGGUGUGAGUUUGAGAACUGCACUUUCAGUGCGCGCUCGCUCAGCUCUGUCAAGUCCCAUCACCGCAGAGUACAUGAAGGAGACUCGGAGCCAAGGUACAAGUGUCACGUCUGUGACAAGUGCUUCACACGUGGCAACAACCUCACCGUGCACCUUCGCAAGAAGCACCAGUUCAAGUGGCCCUCGGGACACCCUCGUUUUCGGUACAAGGAGCACGAGGACGGCUACAUGCGACUCCAGCUAGUUCGCUACGAAAGUGUGGAGCUGACCCAGCAGUUGCUGCAGCAGCUACAAGAAGGGUCAGACCCAGGCCUGGCUCUGAGUGACAGCAGCCUACAGGGCAUUGUUCUAGAAACGGUGCUAGGGGAGCAAGGACCCGAGGAAGAGACCGAAGAGGAAGGUAGGGUUGUUGAGGGAGCAGCCCUCUCAGCUUCUCAGGACAACCCCAGUUCUGCCAUUCAUAUGGUCAGUCAGACAGACACCCAAGGCCAGCAAGACAUUGUCUACUAUGUACUGUCUGAAGCCCCAGGAAAGCCCCCACCAGUCUCCGAAACUCCCUCAAGAGAGAUGGAAAAGCUUCAAGGAGUACCUGAGGAGCCAGAGGUCCAGAUGGGCUGAGGCUGCAGAGCCUGGCCGGUCCUACUCCAGGUCUUGGAGUUUGCGCCAGGCAGGAAGCAGUGUCCCGUAUGCAGUCUUUGUUCCUGGAUGGCUUUAGAAGUGGUGCCGAGAACAGUGUGCUUCCUCUGACUCAGGAGGCAUCAUGGGAUGGCUUUAGAAGUGGUGCUGAGGACAGUGUGCUUCCUCUGACUCAGGAGGCAUCAUGCCAUAGACUCUGGGGACUUGGAUUCAUUGAGGAAACCCUACAUUUAUGUUCUCGUUGGAGAAGCUGUUAACAGGUUUCAGCGUACUCCCUUGGCAUGCUAGACAGUAAAUACUUAGUCUGCGUCCAUUCCAGUCUCCAGGGGUCCAUCAAUCCCAUCCAUCCAGGGACGACUGUUCCUUACGAGGGCUGUUUCCUCACUGUAAGUUAAGCAUUGAGAACCAGGUGCCAUUUAUCUCAAGGUUUCCUUUUACAUUCCAGAGACACUUGUUAUCUUCAGGGACAGGAUUAAAGAUAUUGUGUACGUGUGACAGUUGUCUUAUUGGGAAUAAAAGAAACACUUGGACUGUUACUUAUUCCCCAUGUUUGAUGGCAGUUAACUAAGUAACAGAUACAGCUGCCUAGAAGUAGAGCUGAAUAAUUAGGCUUCUCCCUUUAGUGAUGAGGAUGGGUUCUUUAACUGUCCUGUACCCAUUUAGUGGAGGAGGUCCACUUCCUCCAGAGCACCUUCCACCUCUGUGGAAGGAAGCUCCGUGUACUGGCCCUGAGUGAAUGCUAGCAGUGUUACAGGAUGGAUACAAAUGGCACCCGGACUGCACCCUCAGUUCUAAUUAGAAUCCUGUGCCUCUAGGGUAGGUUGGGGUGUGGGACUGCAAAAGAAUCUGGAGUGGAGGUGGGUCAGGAAGUCACUCCAGAGAAUGCCAAGUACUCAAGGGCCAGGAGUCAAGCUAGAAAAUUAUGUGUCUGUACAGUUUCCUACAGAGUGGAUCUAUUUUGAUAAGCUUAUCAUAUAUGUUCAUUUUUGUGUGUAUGUGUCUCUGAGUGUUUUGCCUUCAUGUAUGUAAGUAUACCACACUCAAGCAGUGUCUGUGCAGGUAAAAAGAGGGUGAUCAAUCCUCUGGAACUGAAGCUACGGACAGGUGGGUGCCGGAAGCUGAAUGUGGAUCUUUGCGAGGGCAACAAGUGCUCUAAACUGCUUAGCCAUCUCUCCACCCUCUUCUGUUGUGGUCUUGAAGUUGAAAUUCCUUAAAAGAAGAACCAUUCUUUUUUUUUCACAGUUGAAAAACAUUAGGUGUAGUGGCACUUAGCUUUAGUUUUAACAUUAGGAGGCAGAGGCAGGCAUGGGAUUGCUGAGGUUAAGGCCAGUCUGGUCUACAGAGUGAGUUCCAGAAUAGCCAGGGCUAUACGGAGAAAUCCUGUCUCAAGAAACUUAAAAAAAAAAAAAAAAAAAGUGUAGUAUAUGUGUGAGUGGACACAGGUCUGCAGGUACAUGGUAUAUGUAAACUCACCUGUUGGCUCGACUGGUUGGCCAGUGAGCUCCAUGCCUUUCUCUGCUGCUGCCCAGCACUAGGUUACUGACACCAUCUUGUGUAUAGCUUUUAUGUAAAUGUUGGGUAUCUGGACUCAGAUCCUUGUGCUUGUAGAGCAAAGCACUACUGACCCUGACCAUCCCCACUGGUACCUACUGACCGAGCCAUCCCCAUAACCCCUGUUCAUCCGUUCUUGAGCAUAUUGCCUGUUUGUUGUCUCUGUCAGUCGUAUAAAGGGAAUACUCUCAGGGGCCUUAGCUACUCUACAAGGAUGAAGCCUUCCUAAGCUGUCCAGGUAACUAUGUCUAAUUCCACCACCGCAACCACCUAUGCUUAGCAGGAUCUCCCUGGGCGCCUCUGACUUGGGCCUUCUGUCUUGUCCUUUGUAAACAAGGCCCUGGCAUUCAUUCCCAGCUCUUUGCUAAAAAGAUAAAGAAAGGAGCUGGACAGUGGUGGUGCACGCCUUUAAUCCCAUCACUUAAAAACAGCCAAGUGGAUCUCUGUGAAUUCAAGGAUAGCCUGGUUCAUAGAGUUCCAGGACAGCCAGGGCUACACAGAGAUCCUGUCUUGGGGUAAGAGUGGGGGGUAAUACAGACUGAUUUUUUUUUCUUUUAAGUUUUACUUUGAGAGGCAGGGCUUCAGAUUUUUUGGUUAUCUUCCUGCCCCUGCUUCCUAGGUGCUGGGAUUACAAGUAUGUACCGCCAUACUCAGCUCCUGAUUUCUUAUUGCAAAAACUGCCUGUUACAGAGGGGUGGUGGUGCACACCUUAAUGCCAGCAUUCAGGAGAGUCCAGCACAUGAGUUGGAGACUAGCCUGGUCUAUGUUCCAGGACAUCCAGGGCUGUGCAGAGAGAGCCUGUCUCAAACAAAUAGAUGGCCUUUAAAAGCUGCCUAAUACAGGUAGAAUUAGUAAAGAAAAAAAAAGAUUUUAUUAUCAAUUUCUAUUGAGUCUUGCUAUAACUUAGAUUACUAAAAACACAAAGAUAAGAACUUGGGACUUUGCUGGAGGGCCUUGCAGGCAGGACAAGCAGUGACAGAGAGCCAGAGUCAGAAGUGAGGCUUGGGGUGGAGCUCAGGAAGAUCCUGUUUAGCGUGGAAAAUGACGGUGGGGACGGUUGAAUUAGACAUAGUAACGUGUAGAAGUUCGGAAAGACGAUCCAGGAAGAGACUUCCUCCUAACCAAUAACAAAAUGAAGGCAGCCCUAGGAUUCCAGUGCCUCAUUUUCUCAUGAGCAUAAGUAGCUGGAAUUGAAAAUAUUGAACCCUAACUUCCAUGGUGUUUGAAGGGUUUGGUGCGAUGGGAAUACCAGGGAACUCAGGAGUUAGGAGCCAGUGUGCUGCUUCUGUGGGACAAGUCCACAACCUCAGAAGAGCACUUGACUAUUACAUGAAUGAAUACACUGCUCAGGCCUGGAGUAAAUGAGGAGCAUGGUCCUUUGUGUAUUGUAGCAGGAAGAGGUGAAAAAAAUCAUCCCCAGACCAUGCUGGGAACUGAACUCAGGUCCUCUGGAUGCAAAAGAGAUGAGCCAAAGGGUAUUGUGAGACUUCAAGUUCUACUGAGGGAAGGGAGGUAAAGAAACAGACUUUGGUUAAGACCAGCCUUAUCAUAUUUACCUCGAAAAGCUAUAAGUUUAGUUUCCAGUUGUGAUAGUUAAUUGUCAACUUGACCUAAUCUAGAAUCCCCUGGGAAGAGAGUCUCAUUGAGAGACUGUCCUAGACCGGGCUGACCCAUUGUGGGCAUGUCUGUGUGGGAUUAUCUUGAUUGUGUUGAGGUAAGAAGACCCACCCGCUGUGGGUGGCACCAUUUCCUGGGCAGGCAGAGCUGUAGUGUAGAGACAGCUGAACACUAGUAGGAAUGUGUGUAUUGGUCCUCUGCUCUUGACUGGAUGUGUGUCAAGUUCCUGACACUUUACUGCUCUGUAGUCUAUAACUUGGAAUUAUGAGCCUAAUAGAACCUUUGUCCCUUAAAGUGCUGUUCGAAGGAUAUUUGUCACAGCAACAGAAAUGAAACUAAUACACAGUAACAUAUAUAUGGACUGCAGAGGUAGCUCAGUGGUUAAGAGCACUUGCUGUUCUUCCAGAGGAUUCAGGAGAUCUGAUGCCCUCUACUGGCCUCUGUGAGCAUGAAACAUGCAUGUGGUACACAGAUAUACAUGCAGGCAAAACACACAUACACAUAAAUAAAAAUCCUAAAAGACAGAAAGGCUUUUGUACAGAACUUGACAUUCUGCAGUUUAAGAGAACCCCUCCCUUCCUAUCAAAGGAAAUAAUACCACAUAACAGAAGAGGGAAAAAUGCUGCUUCCGGGGCCAUGAAUGGAGCUCAAUGAUAGAACACUUGUCUCAAUGAUAGAACACUUGUUUAAAUGCUUGAUUAAAUUACUUUAUGUUGGA